AUGCAUAAUACAUCUUUACUUCAAGCAUUACACAUUCGUAUUUACGAAACAACACCAUCAAAUACUCCAAUUGUUCGUGGUCUUUUACGUACUUCAUUAUUGAAUAAUUCCUUAUCAUAUUUUCCAACAUGUACUGCUAUAGAUGAUCAAGAUUAUUCAUUUAUAGUGAAUACAACAAAUACAAAUCAACCAGCAUUUAUUAUUGUUUUACCAGAUAAUUAUACUUUAAAUUCAACAACUCAUCCAGCUAUUAUCAUUAAUGUAAAAUGUCAAAUUGCAAAUGAUACAAAUGUAGAUCAAGACAUUGUUAUCGAUGUUUUACCGGCUCCACCCACAAUACAGAUAAACUUUAAUCAAACAAAAACAUUUUAUACAACAAAUAACAUCAAUAAUGAUACUAUAUUGGGCACAUUUAAUCUUAUUGAAUUAACAACAACACCAACAAAUCGAACAUAUAAUCUUUCAUUAGUAAAUAAUCAAGAUUUAUUUCAAGUUUUACCAAAUCGUAGUCUUAUUCAAAUUGGUCAAUAUCCAUCUGAUACAUUAAAAUUUGAUAAUCCAAGUGUUAAUUUAAUAGUUCAAGCACUUGAAACAACAGCAAAUAAACCAACACGUCUUAUUCAAAAAACAUUUAGUAUACCUAUUAUUGUCAAUUCAUCGACACCAACAAUCACUUUUAGUCAAUCAUCAAUAUCAAAUAAUACAAAUCCAAAUACAAUUAUUGGAAAUUUUACUAUAAACAAUACAACAACACUCUGUCGAUUACAAUUAAUUGAUACAUAUAAUAAUGGUCUUGAAUUAAAUUCAGAUCAAAAUAGUUUAAUACUUAAAAGACCAAUUAAUACAUUUUCUUUAACUAAUAAUGGAACAGAAUUACAAUUUAAAGUUGCAUUAAUUGAUGAAACAAAUGGUACUAUAUUAACAACAACUUUUCCUUUAAGAAUUAUUUAUCCAACAAUAAUAGAUCCAUGUUCUAAUAAAGAUUGUGGUAAUGGUACAUGUAUUUAUCUUAAUCAAACUUUUUCAUAUUGUUUAUGUACAGGUGGUUAUACAGGUAUAGAUUGUCAAGAAGUUGAUUCAUGUGCAUAUAAUCCGUGUAUGCAUAAUGGUAUAUGUCAUCAAUUAUCUUCAGAAGGAAAUUUCUCAUGUCAAUGUUUGCCAAAUUAUUCUGGUAUUUUUUGUGAAAUACCGAUUGAUAUUUGUCAAGUAAAUAAAUCUUCUUGUCCAUCAACACAUAUAUGCAUUCCAAUUUAUAAUAAUCUUACUAAUUUUUUUACAUGUAUUUCAAGAGAUGAACUUCAAUAUUUUGUAUUUGAUUAUUUAAAUGAUGAUAAAAAUACUGAUGUUGUUAAUAAUGAAAAUUUUCCAAUAAAAUUUCAAGAUUUUAUUAACAAUAGUUUAUUAUUAACUGAAAAUAUUGUUUUACCAGACACAAGAAUACUUGGCCCAGAGAAAUAUAAUCGAGCACAAUUAAUAUCAGUUGCUGUUCAAAUGUCUAAUGAGAAUUAUACAACAUUGAAUAAUGCUUUGGAAAUCUUUUGUAUUAAUCAAUCAUUGAUUAUGGAUUCAUUUGCUCGUAAAGUAUGUUCUGGUUAUCAACAAGCAAUUUAUCUUGAUACAUAUUUUAAAUCAACACCUGACUUUUGUCCUAAUUGUACGUUUGCUGAAGCUGCUGACAAAUAUUAUUGGUUCGAUAAAAUAGUUCCAUAUUUACCAUUAUGGAUAGCUGUUAUUCUUGGAUCUCUUCUAAUGGCAGCCGUUCCAUUCAUACCAUUCUAUUCGAAUGCACCAAAAAAAGUUACAUUACCAUUAAUGAAAACAAUGAAAGGUCUUGAAUAUGAAGAAACUCCAAUAUUGGUAAAAUCAGUUCGAUCAGCAGCAAAAAUCAGUCGUUAUUCUUAUCGCGAAAGAAAUGAUUCUGGUUAUGAGAGUAAUGAGGAUACUGAUAAUUAUCUCGAAGAAAUAAUUAAUAAUUAUCAACAAGAAUUUUAUGUUUAUCCUGUUUUAUCUCGAACACAUUCAACAUCAAUGGAACGUCGAGGUACAACUAUUGAUGAUUUAAUUUCACAAAAUAAUAAUCCUGCUUCACGAUCAACAAGCUUCUCUCAAAAUCCUCAACGUAAUUUUCAACGAUCUGUUUCAAUGUCGCCAUUAAAACCUCAUCGUCAAUCAUCUAUUACUAAUAGUCAAACAUUAAAACCAAUUAUACGUCGUUCAACAUUAUUUGAUUCUAGUCUUGGAACAUUAAUGCGUUUAACAGGUACACCAAGAUUAAAUAAUGAUGAUGAUACAUAUGUAUCAACAACAUUUCGUAAUGAAAAUACAUCAAAAUUUGUUAUUGGAACAUUAUGGAAUACAUUUGCAUUAGUUAAUAAUCUUUUUUUACAACGACCAAGAAAUCGACGUAAUGCUAUUUCUGGUGAUACAGAUAUUCAUGCUGAAGAAUUAGCACGUUUAGAACAAUUAUAUUCACUUGCUGAACGUAAUCAAGCUAGUGAACUUUCAACUAAUAAUCUUGAAUCUAUUCUUACUGAAAUUUUAUCACAAUCAAGACCAUAUGAAACAAAUAAUUUAAAAUCAAUUAUUUUUGAUAUACUUUCAUCAACAAGACAUCAUCAUCGUUGUACUUGUUAUGAUAAUCAUCAUCGUUCAACAUGUAUUUAUUAUGAUCAUUCAUUACCAUAUAUAAGACGUUUUACUGGUAAUACAUCACAACUUGAAACAAUCUGUCAUGAUAUACAAAAAUUAAAUAGACCACAUCAACAAGACACAGGCACUCAAUCAUAUGUAGAAAAACCUCUAAGAAUUUUUACACAUAUUAAACCAACAACAAAUGUAUCAACACAAUCAAGUCCAAUUAUAAGUCUAAGACAAUUACAUUGUAAUGUUUCAACACAAUAUAGUCCAAUGAGAGAUAAAAAUUUAACAGAAUUAAAAUCGAAGAAAAUAGACGAUAAAUAUUAUAAUGAUGAUAAUAUUGAUGUUUCAACACAAACUCUAGAAAAUAAGAAAAAUAGUUUAAACGAUAUUUCAACACAAUUUAGUCCAAUACCAAUAGAUGAUAAUAAAAAUAAUAUGAAUCUUUUCUAUCAACCAAAAUCAAGAACAAAUAUAUAUGAUGAACAAAUGUAUGUCAAUGCAUCUACUCAAUUUAGUCCGACUUCCAUCGAAAAUAUUUCACCAUCACCAACUUUGAAAUCUCGAAUAAUUAAUGAUAUGAAAAUAAAACAUACAAAUGCUUCAACGCAAUUUAGUCCAAUUCCAGUCGAAGAUAUUUCAACUCAAUAUUAUAUAGAAGAAAUUAAAGAUAAAAAACCUAAACAUCCAACUAAUUUAACACAAUUAGAUUCUAAAGUCAAUCAAGAUAGUAAUAUUCAUAAUAAGAGAAAUUCGCUUAUGAAUGAAUUAAAACAUGUUUUAUCUUCAUCAACACCAAAAGAACCUUUAGUUCACGAAGAAAUAUCAGAAAAAAAAUCUCCUCCUACUCAUUCAGUUCGAAGUCUUGUUUCAAUGUUUGAAACAACAUCAAUACCUAAUAAAUCGAAUAUGAUUUUUCAACCUAAAUCAUUUACAAAAUCUACAAUUAGUGAUCAAAAAUUAAUAAGUCCACUAGAAGCAAAAUCUAUUAAUAUGGGUAUUGAAGAAAUUGAUUCAUCUAUUGUUCCCAAUGUAAUUGAACAAUAUGCAAAUGAAAUAGCAUCAAAUAUUGUUGAAAAUGCUGUUCUAACAGCAACAACAACAACUGUUUAUCAUAACAAACCUCCACCACCACCACCACCACCACCACCACAGCAACAACAACAACAACGACGUUUUUCAUUUUAUAAUAAUGGCGGUGGACAUGGUAAGAGUUUAUUAUUUCAAGCGAAUACAUUUGUACCAUCUAAUGGCACAGUUAAUCAAGAAGAAACUCCAGAUUUUCGGGCCGAAUCUGCGGCAUCGAGUACAUUAUUAAAUGAUCCUUUAAUAUCAACAAUGCCUCUAAAUACAGAAAAUGAAUCUCAACAUACAUUAAUUGCUGGUCGAUAUGUUGACGGUAAUGAUUCUAGUCGAUGGAAAACAAAACCACGUCGUAGUUUAACAGUUGAUAGUAAAUUUGAUUUAAGUUCAUCAUCAUCAGUAUCAUUGAAUGAUGAACAAAUUGAUCGUCCACAAUAUCUUUCUCACAGUCAACUUUUUUCUGCACGUGAAUUAUAUAUACGACCAUGGCUUAUAAGACGAGCAACACUACCUAAUGUUCAUUGUCUUGAUAAUAAUAUAAGUGAUACACGUGUUGAAACAACAACACCGAUAACAACAAAUUCAUCGGAUACAUUUUUUAAUGUUUUUCCAAAUAAUCAUAAGUUGGAUUUAUCUACACGUUUUACUUGUUUAAUUACAAUAUUACUUUAUCUUGAAGAUGUUCAUGAUGAAAAUUCAAAUAAAUUAUUACAUGAUGAACUUAAUCGAAUUGAAAAUAAAUUUACAAAUGACACUGUUAUACCAUCAAUGGCUAAUUCAAAUGUAUUUCAAACAAUAAAUCCUGAUGGAAGUAAACGUUAUAGAACAGGAUUUAUUCUUGAUAUAAAUCCAACUGAUUCAAUAAAUAUACCAAAAAUUUUUUCAAAACAAAUCGAAUGGAAACGUGUUAAACUUAUUAUAAGACGUUUUAGAAAAAAAUAUCAACGUCAUAAACAAUUAAUAAAAAAUGAUCAGAAAAAAAAUUCUAAUCAAUCGAAUAUUGAGAAUUAUUUGAAAUAUUUUGAUCCGACAUCUAAACGUCGCAUGAAAAAAUAUGCGAAACAUUAUGCAGAAAAAUUAUAA